UCGAGUGCGACCGCAGGAAUAAGCUCGAUUUGGUCGCGUGUUGGCCUCGAGAAUAGGUCAGGAGGAGAGCAAGUGCCACGGCCACGCCCACGAGAUGACAACCACGCAGCAACAGGAGGAAACGGGGGAGGAGGAGCAGAAGCCAUCAGUGUCGCAGGCAGCGGCUAAUAAUAAUCAUAAUUCGCAGCGGUUUCUAGAUGGCAUCGUAAAUCACAGGGCUGCUGAGUCAGCCGUGUUUUGCUGGUCAAAGGCGGCGCCGGAAGUGCUCGGAGUGGCAGGGCGAUUUCCGCUUGGCCCAGGAAUCAUCUGGCCAGCCGGUUCUCCCAUGAAUCACGCACAAGGUGGCGGAAGCAGGGGCAUAUGUAAGCCAUAUUUCCAACCGAGGCAGUCAGGAAAGUUUCCUAUUUAUCUAAACUUAACGCCAAACCAGGGAUUUCCCUUGUGUCAAUGGGAAGUAGCCAAUAGUUAUCAACUUAAGUCGGAAAACAUCUUGAUUUCAAGUGAAACAGAGUUUUUAACCGCACAUAAAGUAUACGCACAGUGCACAGCCAGCUUUCCUCUGCAACAAGUGUACGCACCGUGGAACCUAAACUUUCCCGAACUGCUGCAGUUGCCGCGCAAGAAUUCCGAUGGCGCCUUCCCAGAAAUCAGCAUCACCAUGACCCGUCGACGCGGACAGGUGGCCACCAGCUCACCCGCCGAGCAGGCGCCCCAGGAAUUUCCCAUAAUUAAAAAACGAUUUGUUAGCUUUCCCAAUUAUCGAGCAAUGCCUCAGGAUGGGCCGCAGCCACAGCCACAUCCAAAUCCACCCACCGCCGCCACAACAACAACGAUGACGCAGCCGGACCUCGCCAAAGUCACCGAAAUAGAUGAGAUCAGCGGCGCCGGCGGAGGAGGAGGUGGAGGAGGCACUGCUGUACAUAAGGUGCCGCCGAUGUUUGAUAAUGAACUCGAGGCCGAGGAGCAGGCGACGACGUCGGAGGAGGCAUUAAACUUGAACGUGGCAAGGGAAAUCGAGCAUCAACAGGCGGAAAAUCUUAAUGACGCCUUCGGAGAGAGGCGACACGACCACAGCCGCAAAAACGACGACGCCAUUACCAUUACCAUGGGGGAGGCCAAAAAUAAACGCGAAAUAUGCGAGCAAAGCAAAUUAGAGAAGGCCGAAGAUCAUAAUGAGCCAAAUAUGAGAGAUCUCGGCGAGCAGCAGUCAAUAUGUUUGGCCAGGGAGCAGACAAUAGAUGGGCAUCAGCAUCAGAUCGGGAAUGGGGAUCGGCAGCGGCAGCGGCAUAGGAAUAGCAACCACCAGCAGUCCGGCGAUCUCUCAGACGUCCGCGAAUCGUCGCCAGAGCAACUAGACGGGAAUCUCGGUCGGCAGCUGACCCGCGAGCGCAAUCCGAAUCCGAAUUCGAACCCAAAUCCGAAUCCGUGUCCGAAUCGAACCCUGCCAAAUAUAGAAUUACUAAAGAGUUCCGUGCGCGUCUUCCUCGCCGAGAGGAACUGGGAUUGGGACUGGGAGCUGCUCGACCUUCUGACCGACGCCAUCGAACUGAUCUGUGGACAGCCAAAGGAGCAGGAGCAGCAGCAGCAGGAGACGGGGAACCUUUGGAGCGAGUCACCGGUCGCCGGAGCGGACAUGACCGUCAGCAAAGUCAGCGAAGAGCGGGAUACAGAAACGACCGUCGACGUUUAUCCCGCCGAGCAACUCGAUCACCAGCCGGCGGAGCAGGCGGAUGACAACAACACUAGCACUAUAGAAUCACCAUCACCCAGCGACAUGAAGUACGAGCUGAAGACAGCCAGUGCAGCACUGCCCAGCCGGAGGAGUCCGCCAAGAGAAUCACCAGUCAGCAGAUUGACUGCCACCAGUCGUAUACGCAAUGUGGAGCCAAGUGCUCCUCCCUUGACUCAUGCUCCUCUGCUGGGGGACCUAAAGCGCAGCUCCAUCAGUCGCGACAGCAUCUCCUCCAUCGAUGCGGACUCAGUGCUCCCGGAGAGAACACGUCUGCGACGCCAACGACGCAUUCGCUCGCAGGAUUCCGUGGAGAAGCCCGAGGAUGUGAUCGAGCGGUUGAACAAGCUCAAAGCAAGGAUCUCCGGGGCUCUUAGCGAGGUGAAGGGAGUCCUAAAGCAGUACAGCACGGAGAGCGAGGCGGAGGCAGCAGGGGAGCAGAGCCAGGUGAAACCAGGUGGAGAAGAUGAAGCUGCUCCCGUCUCUUUUCGCUUUGUGAAGAAGGUGAGACGACGCAGUUACUUCGACGAAGCCGAAGAGGAAAAGGAGCAGGCUGGAGAGGCGAAUCUAGAAACUAAAGUGGAAACCACUGGAAAAGAAGUUCAGGGAAUGGAAUCGCUGAAGACUGCUAAAGAUUCUAAGAUUCAAAGAGAGCAGACACCCUUUGCCAGAGACCUUUCAGAAGUUCCCGAAAAACAUGAGGAUCACUUCAAUAAAAAUAAGGAGCUCAGUGGAAAAGAGGAAAAAAGAGAUAAUGAGAAGCUUGAAACAACUGAGGUUAGAAGUCAUAAAAUAGAAGACACUAAAAAUCAAGGGGAAACUAUUCUUGAAAGUCAAGAUGGCCAAUCGCCCAAGGACCAGGAUAAUCUAGAUGGUGAAGCCAUAAAAAUUAAAGCACAACAAGAAAACAUUAGGGAUCACACUAACAAAUCCCAUAUCAAGGAGUCCGUAGAUCCACAAAUUUUAGAUGUUAAGCAGGAACCUCCUAAAAUGAAUGGAGAAUUGUCCAAGACAGCAGAUAAAAUCAAUCAACCUGAGAAGAGCAAGACCCAGGCCAAAAUUGAGUUCCUGGCCAAGGUGCAGAGUGAACUCAAAUCCAAAACAUCCAAGGAAGCAACUACUAAGGAAGAAACUUACAAAGAGGAAACUUCUACUAAGGAUGCACCACAUAAAGAAGUAACGUCCAAAGAAGCUGCCACCAAGGAAAUAACUUCAAAGGAAACAACUCUCAAGGAGGCCUCCCCCAAAAAACUAACCCACAAGGAAAAAGUGUCCAAGGAAUCUGCAUCCAAGGAACUAAGCCCAAAAGAACCCACAGAAGAAUCAACAAAAAAAGAUCUUUCACCAAUAAAAUCAUCAGAAUCCGAGAUGCCAGAUGACUCACCCGCAUCGCAACCACCACCCAAGAUCAAGAAGAAAGUCAUCGUGAAGGUGAAGAACCCCAGGCGCGCCUCGAUCGCCGCCGUGGAGCCAUCCAAGAUCAAGGUGGAGCCGGCCGUCGAGCAGAUCGAUGCUCUCAUCACUCAGCGGCGACCCUCCGAUUCCGAAGCGAUUGUCAAGCGCAAGAAGAAGCUGAAAUUGAUGGGCGACACGGCAGCCACAGCCACAGCCACAUCUUUAACCACAUCCCCAAGAGCCACCUCAUCAGGAGCAACAAAAGAUACCAUUGCCGAGGAGACGACGGCGUUGGCGGUGGCGACUGCGCCAGAGGUCACCGCUGUGCCAGCCAAGUUGCCCAGUGCCAAGAGCGACCAAGGGGAAGCUACAGCAGAGGCGACAUCUGCAACACCUCCAAUCGAUGGUGAUCCGCCAGAGAUUGGCAAUCUAGCGCCAGCAGGCGAUCGCAACAGACGCGCCAGCCUGAAACUAGCGGAGUUGGUGGGUGAGACGGUGCUGGUGGUGCCGGCAGCCAGUGCAGCAGGAGGCCCCAAAGAUCCAGAGUCCAAGUGCGAGCCCGAGUCCAAAGAACCCAUCGAUCAGCAGGAGAGGCAGCUGCAACAGGUGGCCAUCGCCGCUGACAUUGCGCCGCAAAUAGCACCAACAUUGAGGCACGAAGAGUCAUCGGCAGAGCCAUCGGAGCAGGCAGCUACAAAAGCCGGAGAACAGGCGCCUCCCGGCGACAGUCUAGCCACCAUGCCGGAGCUGAAAGUACUCGCCGGUCCGGUGCAGCCCGUCAAGAUCGAGACGGUGGAGCAGCCCCACGAUGAGGGCAAGAACCAGGAGCCCCUUGUAAAGAAGAAGGCUGUGCAUCUGAAGAAGCUGGUGCGCAAGAAUUCCCUGGACAAGGACCCGGUGAAGCAGGAGCAGAAGCAGCUGAGCAACAUACUCCGGGACAGGAACAAGAUCAACGAGCUGUCCUCCAGGAUCAACAAGCUCACGCCGCCCAAGAAGCAGGUGAAACCAAAAGAGGAGGAAAAGAAGGCGCCAGUGGUGGUGAUUGCUGGGGAGGAUAAGCCCAAGCCUGAGGAAGCAGCUCUUUCAGAGGAAGUCCCAGCAGAAAAUGAGGAAGUUCUGCAACCCGAACCCGAAGUGGAACCCGCGCCGGUGCCUAAGAAGCCCAGGAAGGUUAAAAAGAAGGUGAUCAUCAAGCGGCAGAAGCGUCGCCUCUCCGUGGGAGACACCUUCUUCCUGCAGCCGGAGCCCGAGGAGCCGGCCAUCCCCGAGGUGGAGACCAUCGAGCGAGCCAUAGCCUAUGUGACGGACGACGAGGAGGACACCAAGGCGGAGGCACCUCAGGAGGAGGAGCAAGAGUCCGUGAAACCCCUCAAAUCCUGCCUGCACGUAAGGGAAUACAAGAUCGGAGACCUAGUGCUCUAUGCGGAACGCUAUCGAAAGACCCAGGUGCGCUGGAAGCGCGGACGAGUGCUGGAGAGGAUCACCAGCAUUUCGUACAAGCUGGAAAUCGAGGGCAAGGAGGUGCCCGCUCACGUUAGCUACAUCAAGAAGUACACCGGCCGCAAGGUGCGCUUCGGGAACAAGGAGUACCUGGAGAUCGACUACGAGCAGGUGGCCGAGGAGGAGCGCCGGGCGGCCAGCUACAGCAUAUGGAACAUGGUGUAGAUGGAGCUUUCUACAAAAGGUUACCAUAUUUAUACCCCACCCCGAGUGGUGUCCAGUGUCCAGCCAUCUUUGAGUGGAAUUAAAAAAUUGUUCGCCAUGCGAGGUAAUUUUUUAAGGAUCUCAACUCGACAUUCAGUUACGUUAUAGUGAUUCGUCCUAGUCCUAGUGGUAGAUCUUAGCGUUACAUCCUAGUGUUUAGUGUAACUUAUUCCAGGCCGUUCGUUUACAUCUUAAGUACUCUGUAUGUGUAAAUAUAAACAAGCUAUUUAAUGUUAAAUAAAGCGGAAAAUAUUUCAGUUA